AUUCUACCAGGGAUUAUUCAUGUAGGAUGUUGGUAGAAAGUUGAAGAUACAGAGCCACUUGUCAUCAGAAAGGUGCUCUCUCAGCAGAACCGAAAAUAUUUCAAUGACUUGACAUGUUCUGGUUGUGAAUUCAGGCUACAAGGGGUCAUUGCUCGAAAAUGAGUCUCUCUGGGGAGAGAGAGGAGGGCAGCCAAUUCUCUAAAAUGAGUCUCUCUGGGGAACAUGACACCAACGUUAAGAGGGGUCAGUGCUCUAAAAUGAGUCUCUCUGGGGAGAGAGAGGAGGGGGGCCCUGCCUCUAAAAUUCAUCUCUCUGAGGGACAUGACACCAAAGAUAAGAGUCCAAUCAAGCAGGAGAGACCAGCCUCCCCUGUUCCCAGCUGUGUGUCCAUGAAGAGUGACCGGUCUAUGGAACAACCUAUAAUGUUUAGAGAGAGAGACUUUAUUACUGAACAAAGAAACCAACAGGAGAGAUCAGGGUCAGAGAUUCUCAGUUGUCAGUCUUCCCAGAGUCAUCAAACAGACCUGGCCUCCAUAUUCAGUUUGCUUGAAGAGAAAAUUAUGACAUUUGUGAAGAACGAGCUGAAGAUGUUCAAGAGGAUUCUUAGUCCAGAACUCCCAGAAGGCUUUGAGAGUCAGAAGCAGGAUAAGGAAGUGGUGGAUGCUGAAGAUGAGAAGCAGGAGAGCAGUGCCAGAGAGGGGGCUCUGAAGAUCACACUGCACAUCCUGAGGAAAAUGAACCAGAAGGAGCUUGCUGACACACUGGAGAAAUAUUCAGAUGAGCUUGCUGUGAUUUGCCAACGUGAACUCAAAUCUAAUCUAAAGAAGAAGUUUCAAUGUGUAUUUGAGGGGAUCGCUAAACAAGGAAACCCAACACUUCUCAAUAAGAUCUACACAGAGCUCUACAUCACAGAGGGUGGAACAGGAGAGGUCAAUAAUGAACAUGAGCUGAGACAGAUUGAGACAACAACCAGGAAACAAGCAAGACCAGAGACUGCAAUCAAAUGUAACGACAUCUUCAAACCCUUAACUGGACAAGACAAACUUAUCAGAACUGUGCUGACAAAGGGAGUCGCUGGCAUUGGAAAAACAGUCUCUGUGCAGAAGUUCAUUCUGGACUGGGCUGAAGGAAAAGCAAACCAGGAUGUCCAAUUUGUAUUUUCAUUCCCUUUUCGGGAGCUGAAUUUGAUGAAAGAGGACAAACACACUUUCAUUGAACUUCUUAAUCACUUCUCAAUGGAAACCAAACAAUCAAGAAUCUCCAUCUACAACAAGUACAAAGUUCUGUUCAUCUUUGAUGGUCUGGAUGAGUGCCGACUGCCCCUAGACUUCCAGAAGAACAAGAUCUGUUGGGACGUCACAGAGUCAACCUCAGUGGAUGUUCUGCUGACAAAUCUCAUCAGGGGAAAUCUGCUUCCCUCUGCUCUCCUCUGGAUAACUACCCGACCUGCAGCAGCCAAUAAGAUCCCUUCAUGGUGUGUUGACCAGGUAACAGAAGUACGAGGGUUCAAUGACCCACAGAAGGAGGAGUACUUCAGGAAGAGAUUCAGUGAUGAGGACCUGGCCAGCAGAAUCAUCUCACACAUAAAGACAUCAAGGAGCCUCCACAUCAUGUGCCACAUUCCAGUCUUCUGUUGGAUUUCUGCAAUAGUCCUUGAACACAUGUUGAAACAUAAGAGAGAAGAGAUGCCCAAGACUCUGACUGAGAUGUACACACACCUUGUGGAGUUUCAUACCAAACAGAAGAAUGAAAAGUAUCUUGGGAAAGAAGAGACAGGUCCACACUGGAAUAAAGAGAGCAUUCUGUCACUGGGAAAACUGGCUUUUCAACAGCUUGUGAAGGGCAAUCUGAUUUUCUAUGAAGAAGACCUGAAAGAGUCUGGCAUUGAUGUUAAUGAAGCCUCAGUGUACUCAGGAUUGUGCACACAGCUCUUUAAAGAGGAAUGUGGGCUGUACCAGGACAAGGUGUACUGCUUUGUUCAUCUUAGCAUUCAGGAGUUUCUGGCUGCUGUAUAUGUGUUCCUCUCAUUCAUCAACAACAAUGAGAAUCUAAUGGAUGAACUGCAAACAAACGACGAGCCUGAAGUUACUUUCUAUAAGAGUGCUGUGGAUAAAGCCUUACAAAGUGAGAUGGGAAACCUGGACCUUUUCCUCCGCUUCCUUCUGGGCCUCUCACUGGAGUCCAAUCAGAAACACUUACGAGGUCUACUGACAAAGCCAAGAAGCAACUCACAGAGCCAUGAAGAAACAGUCGAGUACAUCAAGGAGAAGAUCGGGGAGGAUCUCUCUCCAGAGAGGAGCAUCAAUCUGUUCCACUGUCUGAAUGAACUGAAUGACCAUUCUCUAGUGGAGGAGAUCCAAAGCUACCUGAACUCAGGAAGUCUCUCAAAACCCAACCUGUCACCUGCACAGUGGUCAGCUCUGGUCUUUGUGUUGCUGACUUCAGAAAAGGAGCUGGAUGUGUUUGACCUGAAGAAAUACUCCAGAUCAGAGGAAGGUCUUCUGAGGCUGCUGCCAGUGGUCAAAGCCUCCAGAGCUGCUCUGCUGUCAGGCUGUGGAGUCACAGAGGAAGGCUGUGCUUCUCUGGUCUCAGCUCUGAGGUCAAACCCCUCACACCUGAGAGAGCUGGAUCUGAGUAACAAUGACCUGAAGGAUUCAGGAGUGAAGCUGCUCUCUGCUGGACUGGGGAAUCCCCACUGUAAACUGGAGACUCUGAGACUCACUGUCUGUAAACUCACAGACACAUCCUGUAAAGUGUUGGCCUCAGUUCUCAGUUCAAACCCCUCACACCUGAGAGAGCUGGAUCUGAGUAACAAUGACCUGAAGGAUUCAGGAGUGAAGCUGCUCUCUGCUGGACUGGGGAAUCCCCACUGUAAACUGGAGACUCUGAGGCUGUCAGGCUGUCUAGUCACAGAGGAAGGCUGUGCUUCUCUGCUCUCAGCUCUGAGGUCAAACCCCUCACACCUGAAAGAGCUGGACCUGAGCUACAAUCACCCAGGAGACUCAGGAGUCAGACUGCUCUCUGCUGGACUGGAGGAUCCACACUGCAGACUGGAGAAACUCAAUGUGGAACAUGGUGGAGAGAACAGAAUGAAUCCUGGGAUUAGAAAAUAUGUCUGUGAUCUCACACUGGACCUAAACACAGUAAACAGACUCCUCUCUCUGUCUGAGGAGAACAGAAAGUUGACAUGGAGGACAGAGGAGCAGCCAUAUCCUGAUCACCCAGAGAGAUUUGAGGACUGGGGACAGGUGCUGUGUAGAGAGGGUCUGACUGGGCGCUGUUACUGGGAGGUAGAGUGGAGUGGAAGAGGGGCUGAUGUAGGAGUGACAUAUAAAGGAAUCAGCAGGGGAGGAGGGGUUAAUGACUGUUGUCUUGGAAACAAUGACAAGUCCUGGAGUCUGGACUGCUAUGACAACAGUUACUCUGCCUGGCACAAUAAUAAUCUCACUACCAUAGACGUCCCCUCCUCCAGCCCCCACAGAGUAGGAGUGUAUCUGGACUGGCCAGCCGGCACUCUGUCCUUCUAUAGAGCCUCCUCUGACACACUGACCCACCUGAUCACAUUCACCUCCACAUUCACGGAGCCCCUCUAUCCAGGGUUUAGGGUUUAUUAUGACUCCUCAAUGUCCCUGUAAAUAAUAACCUGGACUCACACUGGACACACACACACACUGGACACACACACACACUGGACACACACACACAACCGGACACACACACACACUGGACACACACAAACACUGGACACACACAAACACUGGACACACACACACAACCGGACACACACACACACACACACACA